AUGUCGAAUAAAAAGUAUGGCCUUAUAUUAUCUGAUAAAAGUAAGCCGAAGCCCACAUUCCAGGCUUCAAGGAAUGUUUUUGGUAACGAUUCUGAUUCAGACGACGAAUCCAAGAAAAGACCAGCUUUGCCUCGACCUAGCGAUCUUAUGAAUAGAAAGGCAAAAUUGACUCAGGAAAAAGCUUUGAAUGAAGAUCCAACGGUUUACCAGUAUGAUGAAAUAUAUGAAGAAAUGGUUAGCAAAAAAGAUAAGGAGAAAGUUAAAACAAAGGAAGAAAAGAAACCCCAAUACAUAGAAAAUCUCAUGAAGGCAGCUAACAAGCGUAAAGUUGAAAAUGAGAGGCGUAUUGAGAGACAAGUUCAAAAAGAAAGAGAAAAGGAAGGUGAUGAAUUUAAGGAUAAGGAGGUAUUUGUGACAUCAGCAUACAAAAAGAAAUUGGAGGAAAUGCGGUUAGAAGAAGAGAAAGAGAAAAGAGAAGAGUAUUUAGAGAAUAUAGGAGAUGUUACGAAACAAAACGAUUUAGGUGGUUUUUACCGUCAUUUAUAUGAACAGAAGUUAGGAAGAGAUAAAACCGAAGAGAAUGUAGAGGCAACAAAGCUUGAAGUACUAGACGAAAACCUCAAAACGAAUGAUUCAUCUACAAAAACUACUACAAAUCCUGAUACACAAAAGAAAAGAAAUUAUAGAAAGCGAAAAUCAUCAGAUAGAACUCGAUUGUCAGAUGGUGAAAUAGAAGACUCUGAUGAAGAGAUUAAUCGUGUCAAUUUAGAUGAUCUUAGAUUGGCAAAGAAACAAAAAUCAGACAAUAUAGAUGCAGAUUCAGAUUUUUCCAUAGAUGAGUCUAGUGAUGAAGAAAAGGACAAAAAAAAUGAAGAAACUUUGAAAAUUAAAUUGGAAAAUAGUGAAAGCAUAAGCGUAAAAGAAAAAGACAGUAGUCCAAUACAAAUUAAAAAUGAAAAUACUGAAAUUAAAGAACCUGUACCAAAAGAGAAGAUUGAUAUUUGGAAAAAGAGAACUGUAGGAAUAGUUUUUGAAGAAGCUCUUAAAAGGUAUUAUGAAAGAAAAGCAGCCAGGGGUUGUUGA